AUGUAUAUGGCCAUAUGCGCACAUUCAAAAUGAAAUUCUGGAUCAAUUCUCGGAUCAAUUUUUUCAAUGAGGGUUGCCGCCAGCUACAUACUCCUAUCCCUCCUCUAAAUUAAAAAACUACCGCCAAAGUAAUUGCUAGUUCGCGCCAAAUAAUUGCUAGUUAGGGCCAAAGUACGCCCUAAUUCAAUGAAGACUCCUAUUCACUUCUCCCCAGUGCUGCUUGGCGUGCUCAGAAUCACUUUUACGAUUGAGUUAAGAAGGUCACCAUCAGAGAACUUCUACUCUAGCUUCCCAUGAUUCAAUUCAUUCCAUAGGAGUGAAGAGCAAUUUUAAUAGUACUAGAGCUUCCUUCAAUCCAAGUAACAAAGGUAAGUCCACAUUUACUAUGCUCAACACUUUUUACUGUUUACAAAUACUUAGCCACAUGAUGUCAUCUUAAACUUUAGUGCGUUAUGUUUUGGUUGAGUUCUUAUUACAAUUUUCUAACUUCAUACAUGUAAAAGUGUCAGAUCUUGUUAUAAAAACACAUACCUUUUCUAUGGAUAGAGGUUGGAUACAAAAUCCAGACAAGAAUAGUGGUGAAUAUAAAUUAGGUAUUGCUGAAUUUAUUGAAGCCGCAAAGAAGCAUCUCAAUCAUCGAGGCCUUUCUAGGUGCCCAUGCACUAAGUGCAAUAAUUGUGGUUGGAUGACAUUAAAACAAAUUACACUACACCUUAUAACUAAUGGCAUGUCUUACAAUUACACUGUGUGGACUCAUCAUGGUGAACGAAUGGAAACCAGAUUGAGAUCUUCGAGUGCUAACUUGUUUGAUAACUCCAGUGUCGAUAAGGAUACAAAUAACCAUAAUGAUGAAGUUAUGGAUAUUAUAAAUGAUCUAUAUCCGUAUGCCACACACCCCGGAUGCGAUAAAAAUGGUGCUGAACAAAGUAAUGCAUUCCACGAUGCUGCUGCUGCAGAGGGUCAAUAUCUUCCAAACAUGUUUAGUGAAGAGAUUGAGAAGUAUGAAAGGCUGUUGAAAGAAGCUCAAGAUGAACUUUAUCCGGGUUGUAAGGAGUUUUCAGUUCUAACGUCUAUUGUGGAGUUGAUGCAAUUAAAAGUGAAAAACCUAAUGACUAACAAAUGUUUUGAUGAACUUAUGGGUAUUUUGAAGAGGAUGCUUCCUCUAGGCAAUAAGUUGCCUACAAGUCACCGUCAUGCUCAAAAAGUUCUGAAAAAUAUUGGACUUGGAUAUGUAAAGAUACAUUCAUGUCCAUAUGAUUGUGUUUUGUUUUACAAAGAAAAUGAAAAAUUAGAUGAGUGUCCUGUGUGUAAGGAGCCGAGAUAUGAGCUGAACUCAAAUGGUAAAAAAAUUCCCAAGAAGGUGUUACGUUAUUUCCCACUAAAACCACGAUUACAACGGUUGUACAUGUCGCAUCAUACGGCUGAUCAUAUGACGUGGCACAAAGAUGGGAGAGUUGAGGACGGCAUCAUGAGGCAUCCGGCAGAUACAAUAGCAUGGAAAGAGUUGGACAAAGCAUAUCCUGAUUUUGCGAAAGAGGCCAGAAAUGUUAGAUUGGGACUUGCAAGUGAUGGUUUUAACCCAUUUGGUGACAUCAGAACACCAUAUAGCAUGUGGCCAGUGAUGGUUGUUCCAUACAACCUGCCUCCUUGGAUGUGCAUGAAGAAAGAAUAUACAAUGUUGACCUUAUUGAUUCCAGGUAAGCGAGAACCUGGUAAGGAAAUUGAUGUUUAUUUGCGUCCGCUAAUAGACGAGUUGAAAGAAUUGUGGGAAAUAGGUUUGCCAACAUAUGAUAAGGUCUCAAACUCCAUUUUCAACCUACAUGCUGCAGUGCUUUGGACUAUAAGUGAUCUUCCUGGUUAUGGAAAUUUAUCUGGGUGGAGCACCAAGGGUUAUGAUGCAUGUCCUAACUGCAAUGAUGAUGGGACUUCUAUGUGGUUUGGUGGCAAGGUUUGUUUUAUGGGACAUCGGCGUUGGCUACCAAUAAAUCACGUGUGGCGUAAAAAUAAGAAGUCUUUCAAUGGGAAACUGGAAUUCCGUGCAAAGCCUAAGAAACUCUCAGGUGAGGAAAUUUUAUCACAAGUAGAGAGCUUAGAGUUUGGACAAAUAGGAAAACACCCAUGUAACCCCGACAAAAAGAGGAAGAGGACUCCUGAACAAAGAAACUGGACAAAAAAGAGCAUAUUUUUUGAGUUAGAGUAUUGGUCAAAGUUAAUUAUCAGACAUAAUUUAGACGUAAUGCACAUAGAGAAAAAUGUCUGUGAUAUAAUUCUUGGCACAAUAUUAGAUAUAGAGAGGAAAAGUAAAGAUACAUUCAAAGCUCGCAAAGAUCUUCAAGCACUCGGAAUAAGAGAAUCAUUAUGGCUACAGAGGGAUGGGGAUAAAUGGGUUAAAAAACACCCGUUUUUUUCCAUGAAGCCAAAUUCGAAGACAGAGUUUCUGCAGUUUCUGAAAUCAGUGAGGUACCCAGAUGGAUAUGCUGCAAACAUUUCAAAAAAUGUGUCAUUGGAUACUGGAAAAAUCACAGGCUUGAAGAGUCAUGAUAAUCAUGUCUUACUUCAGAGAGUACUUCCUGUUGGUAUCCGAAAAUACCUACCCAAGGAAGUGGUUGACCCAAUUGUUCGGUUGUCCAGUUUUUUCCAGCAGUUAUGUUCAAAAACAAUAUGCACUGCAGAUAUUCAAAAGUUGCAAGAUGAGAUUGUCUACAUAUUGUGCAAAUUUGAACAAAUAUUUCCUCCAUCGUUUUUUGUUUCUAUGAUUCAUUUAAUGGUGCAUUUACCGGAAGAAGCAAGACAAGGAGGUACUGUGACCGAACGAUGGAUGUACUCAAUAGAAAGGAUGCUUGGAAAGUACAAAAAAUUUGUGCGUAACAAAGCUCGACCUGAAGGAUCAAUUGCCGAAGCUUACGUCUCUCAAGAAUCUCUGAAUUUUUGUGCAAUGUAUCUUCACAAAGUGGAGACACCAUUCAAUAAGAGUGAAAGGAACUUUGAUGGUGGUCCUAGGCACGAGAAACUUUCUGUUUUUGCUCAACCAUCCCGCCCAAUAAUGAGCUGUUCAAGCAUUCCAUUUUCUAGUAGUGACAUGGAGGUUGCUCAUUGGUUCAUACUAACCAACUGUGAUGAGGUUAUUCCAUUCUUAGAGGAGCACAAGGCAAUAAUGAUGCUCAGAAAUGCUGUGAACAUAGAUAACAUACACAGAAAAUUAUUUCCAUCUUGGUUUCGUGAACGGGUUCGAAGAUUAGGAGAUGAAAAUUCCCCAUUGUAUAAUGAGGAGCUAUUUGAGUUAGCAAGAGGGCCUCUACGAGCAGAAACAUAUCAAGGAUGCGUUGUAAAUGGAGUAAAGUUUGUAGUUGCAGAACGAGAUGACAAACUAACCACACAAAAUAGUGGUGUCCAUGUACCGGGAAACCAUGACACUUGUGAUGUCGGCUAUUAUGGCAAGUUGACAAGUGUAAUAGAAUUGAUAUAUAGACAACGGUACAAGGUUCUAGUGUUUAAAUGUCAUUGGUACAACACAGAUAGCGCUAAGGCAGGAAGUAUAAAACGUGACUACCACUUAAUAUCAGUUGACACUAAAACCAGGUGGUACGACAGUGAUCCGUUUAUUCUUUCUACAAUGGCGAAACAAGUCUUCUAUGUCAAUGAUCCCAAAGCAGGUGGUAGUUGGAAAGUAGCGCUAAAGAUGAGUCAUAGAAGCAUUUAUGACAUACCAAAUGUUGAAGCCAAUCCUGAAACUGAUGAUGAUAGUGAUGAUGCAUAUCAAGAAAGUUAUUCUGGUGUGCCUGAUAUGUCUCAUGAUCGAAACUAUGAAUCCAUACAAACAACAUUACAUGUAGACGACGUUCCUCCCGCCAUGAUUGAUUUAGAGACCCUUAGUGAUGAGGAGGGAAGUGAUGAAGAUGAUGAUUUUACAUUGGAAUGCUUUUAAGCUUUUUAUUUAAAUGCUUUUUAUUUAAAUGUAUUUUACACUAUCUUCAAUAUUUUAUAAUGUUUACGCUUUUGGACAUGAAGUUACAAUAUAAAGUUACAUUAAUUGUUAAACUUAUAAUGAUUUCAUAUAUUCAGUCAAUAGGAUUUGGAUGUUUCUCUAUUUGAGCAGAUGAACAGGGUUUCACAAAAGAAACGCAGUGGCAGCUCAAAGGUCAUGCCAACAUCAAAAGUGCCUAGGAUGUCACCUGCAUCAGUCCCUAAAUUGCCUGAGAUGUCCAAUUUGGAUAAGACAACGCCCCUUGAAUUUGAUCCUCUACUAUUGAGAUAUGGUGUGAAUAAUCGCAGGUGCCAAGCUCCGACUUCUUAUCCAAAUCAAACUUCGAAAUCAUUUCAGUCCUCUCCAACAGGUAAUAUGGUUUCAAAAAAAGCUACACCCACUCAAAAUGUAUUUGAGGUGUCCAAAUCAGAUAAGGUAGCACCAAUGAAAUCUACACCUUCUCCUAAACUACCUGAAAGUGCAUUCAUGUCUUCCUCCCUUGGAAAUAGAACUCAGUCAAACAGUACUACUUGUGGUACUAUAUUUGGAACUGGUCAUUCUAGGCAAAAUAAUAUGGUUCUUUCUGGUAAAAAUAUGCAAAGUGGCCCUUCAAGUGAUAAAUCUCAACCUCCACCUGAUCAUGUUAGUGAUGUUCGGCCUCAUCAUAAUCGUGAUAAAAAUGGAGAAGGUAUGCAUUACGUAAAUCUCACUGCUCACAUUACUUAUUAUAUUCAGGAUAAUUUUCUGAUUUAUAUGCUGGAGCUUGCCCCACCAGUAUUUGACUUUUUUUGGACUUUUUUUAUUUCUUGCUUCUAUUUCUCAAGUAAUACUUUUAUAAAGGAGAAAUGCAACUGCAAAGGCCUAAUUAAACUUGUAGUACAUUACAAAUAUGGCUAUAUGCUAGGCAUAAUAACAUGUCCACCAGCAAAGCUUAAAUUUGCAGUACAUUAGAUUAUCGUCAUUGUUUUGGUAUGUCAGAAUAUUGGAAUAUCAAAGGCAAAAAUAAUCUUUUACUCAUUACUUCUGAUAAGAUUUAUGUGGUGUUUUUUUAAAAUUGUCACAAUAGUUGAAUCAGAGCGUCAUGGAAAAAUACUUUUAUAUCAUCAAGUGAUGAAGUUGAAACAGAGGAUGGUAUGAUGUAUAUUAAGCUGGCAUUUAGAAUACCCCUCAAAAACACACAUAAACACUUACUAACACAGAUAUAAUAUAUAUGAAUUUGAAUUUAACUUUUAAGGUCAUCAUUGUUAAUGUGAGUAGAUGCAGGGGAAUUUCCAAGAACUGAGGUUGACAAACAUGGGCGGGGACCUUGUAAACAAAUAAAGACAUCUCGUCUCGUUCGUCUUAGUAAGCAUAGAAUUGAAGUUCCAUACAACGAAGUUACCAGGAGAGCAACAAGUGCUGAGAUACAUAGCCUCCUGGUUCAUGAUGUUGGAGCUAUCAUUCGAUCACAUUGUCCCAUGGAUACAGGUUUCUGGGGGAAACUUUCUCCCGAAAAGAGAAAAGACCUUAUGGAUGAGAUCACAACAAAUUUCAAGAUCAACUUUGAAGAUCCAGAUAUUAGCGAAUACAUCAAUAGGUUAUACAAUGGAAGGUACAGAGAAUACAAGGCGGAACUGAGUAAGUAUUACAAGUCUUGUGAAACGCAUGCCGAUGCACUUGCUUCACCCCCGGAAGAGAUGGCUGAUAGAGAUGUUAAUGAAUGGGAAUGGUUGUGUAACCAUUUCAACUCAGAUAAAUUCAAGAAUUCAUCAUCUGCAAACACUAGUAACCGUUCUAAUAAGAAGGAUAAUCAUCGUACUGGUUCACGUCCUCUCUCAUACAUAGUAGAGGAUAUGCUUGCGGAUGGCUCACAGUUCCCGGAAGUUGCUGCGUUUGAGCUAACAUAUGCAGGAAAAGACAAACGUUGGACUAACGAUGCAACAAAAGAACAACAUGUAAGAUAAAACAUCUAAUAUACAUUUGCAAUUCUUUCAUCACUUUGUUACUGAAAAUUGCAUAUGCUUUUGUAAUGCUUAUAGGAACAAAUGGUUGCCAAGGCUAAUGAGUAUCUCGUAGAGAAGGCAAAGGAAUAUAACCUUCCUGAAGACACCCCUUUGAAUGAGAUACCUGUCGAUGAUCCUGAUAUUGGGCUUGAAAUUAUGACGUCUGUUUUAGGUUCCACACCAGGUCGACUUCGAGAGACAAGGCCAACAUCUAAAAAAGUGAAACACUUAGAAAAAGAAUUGGAGGUAGAACGAGCAGCACGAAAGGCUGCUGAUGCAGCUCGUAAAGAGGCGGAAGAAAAGAUGCAAAACACAUUGAGGAAUGUAGGGCAUAAAUUCAAUUCUACACUUCAAUCUUGGCAUCAAUCAUUGAUGCAAGUGGGUGUUGAUAUACCACCAUUCACUCCUUUUUCUCUUGAAGAUGGUGGAGAACAUGAGGAUGCCACUUUCAUGGAUGACUAGUUCAUCCUACAUAAGUUACUAUAUUAAGUUUUUAGAUGAACGAAACAUUACAUUGACUACGUUUUUAAUUUCAAUUAUGUUACACAUUCCACUUUAUUAUGUGAUAAGUAUGUGUUUGAACUCAAAUUGUAAUAUUUCAUUUUGAGGUGAUUUGGAGACUUGGAGUUAGUAAAUUUUAUUAUGCAUUGGUUUAAA